AUGAACCAAAUUCAACAACAACAUGACAUUGAGAUUAACAACCAGAAUAAUGAUGAUGAUGAUGGAAAAGUUAUUGAAUUUGGUGUUUUUGUAAGAACAGAUGAUGGUGUUUUUGGCGACGAUGUUGGUAUUAAUGAAACUAUUGAAAUAAAAAACUGCCUUCUUAUUGCUGAAGUUGUUCCAAAUGUUAUAAAAGUUAUAAAUGGAAUUGCGGUCAUCAUAAACUCUGGCCAAAUGUCAUCAUCAAUUAAACCUUUAUUUUGGAAAAAUGGAUAA